AUGUCUGAGCAGCUGAGUUCCCAGUCCACGGCGAAUCACAACAACUUUGGUACCCUUCAGCAGGAUGUUAACGUGCACACUACGGACGAGGCUUCUGGUUCUCAGCCUGGCUUGGCUACUACUGGGCAGGAUGAGACUUCUCACCGUGAGAGGUCUAGAUCGCCUGAGGUUGUCUUAGAUGCAAGCAUGGCUCGUCGUUUGCUUUCUGAGAAGCUAGGUGUUGAGCGUGACUUGUUGGUGUUUAUGACCUCUACUGAAGCUAAUGCUCUUAUAGACUCAGUUGACGAUUUGUCCCCUCGUUUGGCGCUGCGAAGGUGCUGGGCAGUGGCUUCGUCUGAAGCUGGAUCUGUUAGGAUGAUGGGUCGGUCAGCGCAGCCACCGACUCAAGGACCAGUCUACCAUGCCGAGUUACCGGUGGGUUCCAAGACUGGCCCUUCUAGCACCGUCUCCUUUGAUCGACUUUAUCACGAUUCUCAGGAUCAUCGUUCUGACGUCAAGACCAUGACUGCUAUCGGUCAGCUUCCGAUCCCGGGUGAUAAGGUGUUUCAAGGUCGAGAUGACGCAAGAAGUGUCUCCUAUUUCUGUCGAGAGCUUGCUCUGACUGGUCAGUUGUAUGCUUUGAAUAGUGAGACGAUGUUUCGUUAUGUUCUUAGAUGUCUAUCCAGUACUGUGAAAUCUGAGUUGUAUGACUUUCUGGAGCUACAGGGUCUACUCAUGGGAGCAGACUCAGUGGCCAGACUCGUCAAGGUCGAACAGUAUCUGGUUGGCACUUAUGGUAUUACUAAUGAUGCCGUGAGGUAUCGUGCUCGUCUCGUACGGUGUGUUCAAGGGAACACUGAGAGUAUGGGGAGCUAUGUGAGCCGUCUUCGUGCUCUGUUGGUAGAGGGUCGCUGUAUAGGCAUCCAGACGAGUCCAUCAGAGACCUUGGCGAGAUUCACUGAGGGUAUGCGUCCUUCGUAUAAGAAGAUUGCUACUACGGUUUAUCCCCAUGUUCGGGAUGUUAAUCAACUUGCUGAGAACCUGAUCCUUUGGGAGGUCCAUCAAGCAGCUACCACGACUGGUAUGAGUGGUAGUAAGGAUGGAGUGAAGGUUCUGAGCGAUACGUACGAUGAUAGUCAGCCGGUUGUAUCUCCGAGUCUAGUUGAGUCUCCGCAGCGACCGACUGAUUGUGGUGGUUAUAAUUCUACUGACCAGCAGAAAUCUGCUGUUGUCAGACAGGGUAAUGAACAGGUUGCUAAGAACAGGAAACCUAUUAAAUGUUGGACUUGUGGUGGGCCGCAUCUCCGUAGGAACUGCCCUUUAAGUCGACCUUCUGAAGGUGCUGUUCAACCUCAGAAACAAGAACCUGGUGGAGCUCCAGUUCAGUCCAAGAACUUUGAGUUGGUUGGUGUGCUUAUGGACGAAGAUGAUCGUAUACGAGAGCUCAAGAUGGGAGACCCUUUGUUUCGGCUCGUGCUAAGGGAGCACGGUGGUCGAGGCGCCCGUGUCGAGUGUUUACUCGAUACAGGAGCACGUGGUUGUGGUUAUAUCUCAAGGGCUUUGUUUGAGGGUCUUAAGUCUGAGGCCGUUAUAACUGGAGAGUUGAAGCCCUGUGUUGGCGUUCGCUUUGGUAAUAACCUGGCCAGUGGAGCUGAUGGUGAGAUUUUACUCACUAUUGAUGGUUACGGUGAGUUGCCCUUUAAGGUCCUCCCAUCGUUGGAACCCGAUGUUAUCCUGGGUCUAUCGGCAAUGUCUCGAUGUCCAGGGUUGAGACAGUUGCUAUUGGGGUAUUUGGCUGAUAUGCCUAAUUUGUUGACGUUUGAGGUGGUUCAGCCAGUUGAUGAGUGCCGUGUGAUCAACCUUCCUUCGGAUUCUGUAUUUGUUAACCAAGCUAGUGAUGGUUGUUAUGAAGUGCGAUGUCCUAUUUUGGAAAGUGGUCGGAUAUUGCCAUAUGUAGAGGCACCUAGACGUCGUAGUCUGUGGAAGUCCACUAUAAUACAUCGCUGGAUAGCAGCCGCAGCAAAGGAUGGUCGUUGGUCUGAAGUGUCACCCGCUGAAGCUGUGUUUGUGUCUGAGGUUGUAUUGGUCUGCAAGGACCCACAAGUUGGGAUCCAGGAUCCUGCCUCUCUUUCUGAUGCGCAGAUCAGGAAGCUCUAUCGAGUGACUCUUGAUUGUAGGAGAGUUAAUAGCUUGAAGCUUUAUGAGCAAUCAUCUGGUCAUUAUGUGUGGCUCCCUGACCGUGAUGUGGGUUGCGCAACUCCAAGUGAGGUAACUCAAUCUCAAGCGUCGGCCUUUUCGUUGUUAACCAAAUGGCCUUUGACCUGCCGUGGAGUUUAUUUCAAGUUGGACAUCUCCGAUGCUUUCGGGUCGGUGAAGAUUGCGAAGGAUCUUCGGCGAUUGUUCUGUGUCCGUACAGCCGAUUUGGCUGGAAACACUAAACUUUGGUGUUGUAAUCGUAUUCCUCAAGGUUGGAGGUAUUCACCUACCUAUUUUGCUAAGGUUAUGGAGGUAUUCCUAUACCGGGUACGUCGAGUGCUUGAGCGAGAAGGCGUGGUGGUUCAUGUGGUCAACUUUCAGGAUGAUGUGCUCGGUGGUUGUCCUGAUCGCCGAAGUGCUGAGCUGGCUAUGCGUAUAAUCAUAGAGGAGGCCUCUAAGUGUGGCCUGAACAUCCGUCCGGAGAAGUGUGAACUUGGGACCACUGUGUCGUUUUGUGGUCUACGGAUCAGGGGAACUAUGGUGAUGCCCUUGGAGCGUUCGCCUUUGACUAAGGCGGUGGUUGAAGAAGCUCUUCGUGAUUUCCAAACCCAGCGUGAUGAGGUUGUUCGUCGGAGUAUCGUGCGCCGUUGGUGUGGUAAGUUCCAAUGGUUGGCCCGAUGGCUUCCUAGUGAUCUACAGAGCGUGUUAGCUCGUCUUCAUAAAGUUGAUGUUAUGAGCGAUGACGCUAUGGAUCUGAUGACGAUAUUGGCCGAUGCAUACUUUGAAGGUUUGGUGGCGUUACAUGUUCUGGGCUCUGAUGCUGACUUUAAGAUUAUUGGCUCUGUUAUUGUUGCUGACUGUAAUAGAGACGGUUGGGGUGCUGUUCUCUUUAAUGUCAUCGAGUAUCCAGAAAGAUCGGGAUUGUUACCUCGUGCGGUUACUAAUGAUGCUCCAAGUGAGUGGUUGCGAAGCGCUGAUGUCUUGUUGAGGGCUGUUCUUGCUGAAAUGAAGGUUCACCUUCCUGAGGGCAAGGCGGCGAUGAUUCUGCCUGUUUCACUUGGUGGUGGUGUCUUGGGAGAAAGAGAGCGUAAGCGGAGUAGCACCUAUAAGGAGAGAAGGUGUCAGAUUCUUGCUGUGCAUAAGUUUCUACCGCUUCUGCACAGCCCUUUGGUAGUUGCUUCUGACAAUAAGAACAGCGCGCUGUGGUGGCACUGUUUCGAAGAUGAGUAUGCGUCCACGGAGGAAGACUUCAGACUGGCUAUGCUUUUCCAGCGACAUGUUACGGGUAUUUGCUGGCUGCCUCGUGAUUGUGUUUCUGUGGUGGAUCGGUUGGCGAGAGAGCCUUCUUUCCCUGUUGAGGAACCUUCUCCUUUGACAGUUAAUGAUGAUAAUGACGAUCCUCUUCGAGUCAUGUUGAAUGAUGCUCUGGGAUCUGAUGUACUCAGAGUCGCCGUCGAUGAGGUCCCGUCUGAAGGAGUCAGAUCUUCUGGUUCUGGUGGUGAUGUUUUUACGGUGGCCGACUUCGUUGGGUCCGAUUAUCUUGAUCUACAGAAGGUUAAGCUGGAGCAGCUACACUGUGUUGAGACUGCCCAGUUUGUGGAUAAGCCGGGGUUCUGCUCCUAUGAUGGAGUAUUGUAUCGUGUUCAACGCUUUGAUCACUUCGGUCGGUUAGUCAAGCAAGUGGUUGUGCCUAAAUCUAUGAGGGCUGAUCUGGUGUCAGCUCUGCAUUCAGAAACACACCUGAGUGGCCGACAGCUGAAGUGGUGGCUCUCUUCCUUCGCAUGGUGGCCUAAGAUUGGUGUGCUCUGUGUCCGAGCUCGAAGUUCAUGCCCUGUGUGUCAGAAGAUCGAUGAUGGUGAUCGAAGUGAUUCUGAAUUUCGUAGUGAUGAGAUAACUGGCUGGGCCUCUCGUAGUGGUAUUCGUAAGUGGACUUUUGGCUGGCCUAAUCAUGGACAGUCAGAUGUCUUACGAAGGUGGACUCUGGCAUCUGGGGAUCUUUGGCAUGAUCCGGUCGCCCUUGCAUAUGCUCGAUGGGUUAUUAACCAUAGUGAGAUUGGCUCUUCUGGUAUAUGUCCUCAGCUUGCUAUGUUUGGCAAGGUAAUUACAUUGCCUUGCAUGAGAGCUCCUGAGCCUACGGAGAAAGAGGAUGAGCCCGUUGGUCCUGCUAGGACAGUUGCUGAUCUACUUCAACUGGCUGGAGAGAUCGGGCCGCAGUAUCGUAUUGUGGUGGCGCAGUUAUUCAACACUUGGUUGGACAUGCGUGAAAAGGUCAAUCCGGUGAUGAAGGUGGAUCACUCAUUAAAGGUUGGACAACAGGUUUAUGUGUACACCAACAGGCCAUCUAAGCUGGAUUCCUGUUGGCGUGGUCCUUAUUUUAUAGUUUCGUUGCUUGGUCGAAGUGCUACUUUGAGUACGGAGCGUGGACUCGAGACCCAUUAUGCUGGUAACCUGAAGCGUUGUAAGGUUAGUGAAGAGAGCUCCGGGGCAAGGCCCACUAGGUUUGCAGCUCAGCGCUCGCAGAUUUUGACUCGUGAGUUACUCAGAGAAGAAUUCCAAGUUCAACGUGCUGAAGGCCAGUCAAAGAAGCGUUCAGCGGCUGAGGUGAAUGCUGAGAUUGGCAGGCUCCAUAAAGUAGCCCGCCGUUAA